UCCUCGGUCGGAGGACCUCGCGAGGAGGUAAACAAGCGAUGUUGGGUUAAUUAACGACCAUCCAUCGAUUUUACCGCAAUUAAGUUUGCGUGUGAUCGCGAUGGCAGAAGAUAAUGAGCUGGAAAAGCGUGCAGUGGAGGAGCUCCUCAGGGAGACUGACAGAGCCCGCGUGAGAGCAGAGACCAUGGGCCCUGCAGGAUGGUUGAAAUGUCCUCUGCGAAGCACCAACAAACGCUUCCUCCUCAACACGCUGCGCUCCACCGGCCUGCAGCGCCGCACUGGCGAGCCCGGAGCCGGACACUCCACCGCAAGGGGGCGCCUGAGGAGCGAUUCCCCAGACAGAGGCCGCAGCAGGACGCCUCCCAGAGAUCACAAGAGUAAUGGAGGCCACAUUGAUCAUAAACAUCAUCACAGGGACGGCCGCAGAGACAGAGAUAAGAAGCUGGAUAGAGACAAAGACAGACGCCACGGAGGCGACAGAGAACGGAGACGCACUGAUAGACCGAGCCGAGACAAAGACGCGCACACACACACAAACUCCACGAGUUAAAAUAGCCCAACUGUGUGUGUGUGUGUGUGUGUGUGGACUU